UUGCAGUACCGUUACGACAGAUUUCGUAGAUGGACUGAACACAAAUCAACAUGUGUGAUGUGAGGAAACUGUUUUAGUUAUUGGUGUUAUGUACAUAUCGAUUGAUGAUAUAGCUGUUUUAAUCCAAUAACCGGAUAUUAACGCACGAUCUGAAGGCGUAGUUAACUUGCUGGUUAUUGUAGGUGCAGUGGACUAACACUAUACGUGUCAUUCGAUUGUAAGUACCCAUAGGGCGAUAGGACAGACGGACAUUAAGAUUAAUUAUUCCAUAAUCAUCGUUGUGACUUAGAUCACGUCUUAAAUUGGCUUUGAUGUCAAAAUAACACUACUGUGGUUCAAUCUUGGCUGAAAAUAUAACCAUAUAUAUAUAUAACCUCAUGCUAAUUGGAAAGACCUGCAGAUUAGGUAGACGUGUCAGGACUUAUAGUGUCCAACACUUGGCCCGUCUCUUCACCAGCUCCGGCAACAUGGCAAAGAGCAAGUUUGAGUAUGUCCGGGCCUUUGAAACAGAUGACACUUGUCUACGAAACUGCUACAUUGUUGUGAGACUGGAUGGUCGAAACUUCCACAAGUUUGCAGCGCAGCACAAGUUUACAAAGCCCAAUGAUGACAGAGCCUUAGGCCUGAUGGGCAGGAGUGCAUGCUCUGUCAUGGAGGAACUGGAAGACAUCACCAUUGCUUAUGGUCAAAGUGAUGAGUUCAGUUUUGUUUUCAAGAGGACCUCCACCUGGUUCAAGAGGAGAGCCAGUAAACUCAUGACGCAUGUAGCCUCCCAGUUCUCCUCCUCUUUUGUGUUUUACUGGAAGGAGUUUUUUGGGGAACAGCCCCUCCUGUACCCACCAGGCUUUGACGGACGCGUGAUCCUGUAUCCUAGCAACCGCAACCUUAGAGACUACCUCUGCUGGAGGCAAGCUGAUUGUCACAUAAAUAAUUUGUACAACACAGUGUUUUGGACGUUAGUACAGAAGGGAGGCCUCACCACAGCCCAGGCAGAGGAUCGCCUAAAGGGAACAUUAGCUGCAGAUAAAAAUGAGAUCCUGUUCGCAGAGUUUGACAUUAACUACAACAAUGAAGCUGCCCUCCACAGGAAGGGCACCACUCUCAUCUGGGAGAAGCGGGAUGAAACUGUCACUAAAUGCAUGAAGCUCCUAAACAAAGAGGAGAAGGAUGUGCCUGUGACUCGCAGCAGGAGGAGGGUGGAGGCCUACCACUGUGACAUUAUAGGAGACAAGUUCUGGGAGGAACACCCCGACAUCCUGGAGGACGACAACUGCUAACAGCUCCUGUGCUGCUCUAGGAGAGAAUGGAGUCUGGCCAGAAGAGUUGAAGUGGACCCAUACAAACAGUAACUCCUGAGGGACAGCCACAGCUCGGCACUUACUAAUGUAGAUUGAUGACUGCGUGCCGGGCAAUGUGCAACCAUGGCUUAGUACACUUUCUGAACAUUUUCUGAGACGGAUCCCUUUGAAUCUGUGAGACUGCUCUCAUAGCUGGAACAUAUUGUUACUUCCUUGUAUUAAACUUAAUGUUACCUUAAUGUAGGAGGAUUUUUGUUUAAAUUACAUGAUGAUCUUCAAAGGGAAGCAGAUGAUUUUUAUAAUCUUUAAUAUGAGUGGACAUUGAGGACAUGCAACAGUUUAUAGUCUCACACUUUCACAAACAUCUGCCCUCUCCUCUUUAGCCUAGUGUAUUAGGUUGGUUUUCCAAAACUGCACUGUAUCCUUAUGUAAUAUGUUUCUGCAUGUCUAACAUGAUUUACCUUGGUUUUUAUCUGUGUGGGGGCUUUUUGAAUCUCAACUAGAUUUUUUUUUUAGGUUGCAAAGCUCCUAAUGUUUGAAUUUAAAUCAUUCAGGAAAUGCAUCUCCAAAGUGUUCAGUAUCACAUCCAGUUGGAAGUAAGUGCGUAUCUGCGGUAGAAAAGAGCAGAGUAAAGCAGAAACCAAUAUCUUGACAGCAACAAGAGGCCUUGUCUUGCCGCCAGGACACCAUUUAAAGAUGUGAAUGGAUGGAGCCGCCUGCACUGUCAUCUGUGCUAAGAAUACUUCACACACCCUGUGUAAACUCUAUCCUUAUGACAUGUGCUCUCUGGCAUAUUUAUCAUCACACUUAUAAAUGACCGGCUCAGUAUGAAUGGCUGCUGGAAGCUUGAAGUGGAGGUAGCCUGCUAUAUUUUGUCACUGUAGUAGGCUCAGUUACUGUAGAGGUAUUAGAGCUGUAUUUUUGGUUUGGUGACCUUGUUAAAAGCAUGUAGUUACUGUACUUGAUGUAACCAGGAUUCAAUUCAUUCUUAUUUGGAAUUGCAUUCGUUCACAAGCACAAAUAAUGACUUGGAUAAAAUGUGCAAAAACAUAUUGCUAAUAUCAGAGGUUGGACAAAAAGCCACUCUGUGCUUAAGAGAUCUUCACUUGGGCCAGUGCCAGACUCAACACAGUGACUCCACAUGUGGCCAUAUAGAAAUCAGGGCGUGUGGAGGCAAGCGUUGCAGUUAUUUAAAGACAGCAUGUGUUUACAUGCAGCUUCUAAACUUAAGCCUGUUGGGGUGCUGGUUGGAAAAUACUGAGGCAGUAGUCAGCACAGCCUCAUUAAAAGUGUGAUUUAAUAUAUCUUAUAAAAUAUUUCCAGUAGUUUUGGUUGGCUACAUAGCUGCAUUAAUAUAUUUAGACUGCAACUACGAGCAGCUCGUUUUAUUGAAGAAAGCACAUAGGCAGUAAGGUAAGGCUUGGCAGUUAAGCAUCUUUCAGUAAUGCUGUCUGGUCCAAAGUUGGAAUAGUGUGAUAUUAUCCUGUUUUAUUCUGCCCACAUUUUGUAAAUAAAACAGUAUAUGACUGUCAAUUUAAA